CACCCAACACAAAAAUGCCGCCCCUACUACUUUUGGUAAAUGAAGAGGAGCUCUUUUUUUUUUCCAACCACACGCGCCAAAAAGCGCGCGCUGAGUUUUUUUUGUUUCCUUUUUUUCACCUUACAAUUUUUUCUGCCCCCAUUCAAGCGCGCUCGCGUUUUCGCGAUACCCCUCUUUCGCAGGAAUGUAAAAAAAAUUGCAGUAUUACGACUUUUUUUUUUACUUUUACGAAUCCACAUACCACGCGAACCGUGUCAUGGUUACCAUGACAACAAAUGCUUGAAUUAUGUAACCAUGACAACAACCAUAAUAACCCUUUGUCUUGACGACAUGUCGUCAUGGCAACCAUGGUAAAUACUUUCAGCAAGGUAAGAAUUGUAUGUGAGCCUUGUAUGAAAGUAAAGAGAAAAAAAUUCGGUCAAGUAGUAUGAAAGGGGUUAAAGUCGUGUAUGGUCGUGUGCAACGCGGAUCACUUUUUUUGUGCUGCAAAGAAAAAUGUUACGUGACAACCCCGCUUUGAAAAAAAAAAUAGUUCGUGAUUUCACCGCCAGGAAUAGGCAGGAAACGUAUAAAAAGAGGGGGUCGUACCAGCCGCCCUCUCCGAAUUUCUUUCUUCACUUUUUCUUUUUCUUCUUCAACAAAACUUAUACAAACAUGACUGGUCGCGGCAAAGGUGGUAAAGGUCUCGGAAAGGGUGGUGCCAAGCGUCAUCGCAAGAUUCUCCGUGACAACAUCCAAGGUAUCACCAAGCCUGCUAUCCGCCGUCUCGCUCGCCGUGGUGGUGUCAAGCGUAUCUCUGGUCUCAUCUACGA